AUGAAUAUAGGCUCGUCUUCAUCGCCGUCCUCCGUCUACGGCACUGACGUACAGCACAGGUCCUCAUUCGCCAGCGCCUACUACGACCCCUUCUACCCGAACGGCGGUCCCACCACUUGGAGCUCAUACCCACCGCCGACCUACCAGAGCCAGACGGGACAGUCCGUCAGCUCCGGCGCCGGUUCCUGUCUGUUGCCGUCGGGACCCAAAGGACUGGUUGGCCCGCACUUCACGCCAGUACACCAUCAAAGACGAAAGCGCAGAGUGCUCUUCACUCAGGCACAGGUCUACGAAUUGGAGCGACGAUUCAAACAACAGAGAUAUCUAUCAGCGCCCGAAAGGGAACACUUGGCUUCACUCAUACAACUCACUCCAACACAGGUGAAGAUUUGGUUUCAGAAUCAUCGCUACAAAUGUAAACGACAGGCAAAGGAGAAGGCGAUGAGCGACGCCUCGCCAACACCACCGCAAAACUCCACGAGCGCUGGAAGUGUCAAUCAAACCAGUAAUACAUCAAACAAUUCUUCCAGUCAUGCAUACAGUUCCUCUCCCCGCAAAGUUGCCGUACCGGUGCUGGUAAAGGAUGGCAAGUCUCUAAUUGCUUCGGCAUCAGCUAACUCUCCCCCACACGAUCACAGCUCACACCACGACAACGCAAUGUUGAUCGCAUCGCAGGCGGUGUCGCCGGCGAGUGUGGCCUCGGCUGCGGCGGCCACUCAUCAUCACUACCACCACUUCGGCGCAAACAACGGGCCGCCAGUCGGCGUGGGAGUCGGGCCCACGUUUGCCAACCCGUUCGCCGGCCCCAACACCUUCUCAUUGGCACAUCAGGAGCCGCACCACGACUUUCUAUUGAGGACAUCGGUGUCGCACUGGUAG